AUGAUAUUUCAUCAUAAUGAAAGUAUUUUAGUAUCAACCGCCAAUUCUUUGUAGCGAAUAAUUUAAAAAUAAUUUAUUUUCAAGAAAAUUUAAAAAUGUACAUCAAAUCAGUGAUAAUUGAUGGUUUUAAAUCGUAUGGCAGACGAACAGAGAUUCAUGGCUUCGAUCCUGAAUUUACUGCUAUUACCGGCUUAAAUGGAACUGGCAAAUCAAAUAUAUUGGACUCUAUUUGUUUUGUUUUGGGCAUCAUGAAUUUAGGUCAAGUGAGAGCAACAUCUCUUCAAGAUUUGGUAUAUAAGAGUGGCCAGGCUGGUAUAACAAAGGCUACAGUUACAUUAAUAUUUGAUAACACCAAUCCUGGUCAAUGUCCUUUGGGGUAUGAAAAAUGUAGGGAAAUAUCCGUCACUAGACAAAUUAUUGUUGGAGGAAAGAAUAAGUACUUAAUAAACGGAAAAUUAGUUCAGAAUAAAAAAGUUGCAGACUUUUUUUGUUCGGUCCAACUAAAUGUCAACAAUCCCAAUUUUUUAAUAAUGCAAGGACGUAUUACAAAAGUAUUAAACAUGAAGCCCCAAGAGAUACUGUCUAUGAUUGAAGAAGCUGCGGGUACCAGCAUGUACGAGACUAAGCGCGAAGCUACAACUAAACUUAUUGAAAAAAAAGAUGCUAAGGUUAGAGAAACAAACGCACUUUUACAGGAAGAAGUUGAACCUAAAUUAGAAAAAUUAAGAAGAGAAAGAGCUGCACACUUAGAAUUUCAGAAAAUCUGCCGGGAUAUAGAAUAUCUUACUAGAAUUAAUGUAUCUUUUCGGUGGCUUAAACAAAGCGAAGCAUUAAAAACAAUCGAGAAAAAUAUUUCACGAUUGACAAUGUGUAUAGAUGAAGCUAAAGAAAGCAUUCUCCAAAAUAAUACUGAACGUGAACAUAUUUCAGAACAAAUUAAAAUUUUGCAAACUCAGAUUGAAAACGAGAGUAGUAACACACUUAAAGAAAUUAUGGAAGAAUUAGACAUGGAGAUAAAGGAGGAAGCAAAAUUAUCGGGAAAACUUAAAGCUAGUCGUGAAGAACUAAAUCAGGAGGAGAAGAAACUACAUAUUUUGUUAACUAAUAUAAGUGAAGAUGAAAAAUCGCUGAAGAUUAAAGAACUUGAAAUGGCCAAACGUAAAGAUUUAUUUCAGGACCUCAAAGACACCGAAAAGCGCGAUAUAUUAGCGUACGAGGCCGCACAAAAGAACUUUGAGGCAGUAAGCCAAGGAUUAUCAACAAAUGAUGAUGGACAAGCAUCUUCUCUUCAGGAUCAAUUGAUAAAGGCAAACCAAACUUCAAGUGAGGCACAAACAAUUAUUAAAACUUCUGAAAUGGAAUUACGACAUUGUCGAAAAGUUUUACGCGAAAAAGAAAAUGAGACUCAAAAUAAUGACACCGCAUAUAAUAAAGAUAAAACCUUGUAUGAUAAUCUUAUGACUGAUAUACAAAAUUUAUGUAAAAAAAUGGAAAAUAUCGAAUAUGAAGAUGGCGAUUUUGAGAAAAUGUUAGAUAAUAAAAGACAAAUUCAGAAUGAAAUUAAGAAACAACAAUAUCAGUUAGAGCGCCAUAAUUCUUACCGCUACGAGUUGCAAUAUCGUGACCCCGAACCUGGUUUUAAUAGAUCAAAAGUACACGGGAUGGUUGGUAAAUUAUUUAACGUAAUCGAUGAGCGUAACUGUUUAGCAUUAAUGAUAACAGCAGGAGGAAGUCUCUAUAGUUAUGUUACGGAUGACGAUAUUACAAGCAAAAAAAUAUUGCAAAAGGGACAAUUGCAACAUCGUGUCACUAUCAUUCCAAUAAAUAAAAUUUCGUCAUAUUCAAUCAGUGACUCUACUGUAAAUUUUGCAAAAAAUUUGGUUGGUAAAGAAAACGUUGAUUCGGCCCUAUCUCUUAUAGAAAAUGAUGCAUACUUUAAUCCAGUUAUGAAAUUUGUAUUUGGACAUACGCUGAUAUGUAAAGAUUUAAAUAUUGCUAAACAGGUAACAUAUCAUCGUAAUAUUCACUGCCGAACAGUUACUCUCGAAGGUGAUGUUGUAGACCCAGAUGGUACACUAUCUGGAGGUUCAAAACCCAAAGGAGGAAAUAUUCUCCAGGAGUUAGCUGAAAUCAAACGAUUGGAAAAAGAAAUUGAAAAAUAUAAAAACUCUUUAUUUGAUAUUGACAAUAAAUUAACAGCAUUAGAAAUUAAAGCGAGGGCAUACAACAAGCUUAAGGAAACACUCGAAUUACGACGCCAUGAGUUAAAUGCAUGUAAACAACGUUUAGGGCAGAGCAGCUUUCAUCAACAUAAAGAAGAAAUAACAUCGCUUAAGGAACGCAUAAAAACGCUAGAUGAUGAACUGAUCAGGGCAAAAGAAACUCAGAAAGCAUCUCAAGCCAAAGCUAAAGAAAUUGAGUCAAAAUUGGCCGAUGCCAAAGGAUAUCGGGAGCGAGAACUAAAGUCUGCAACUGAGACUAUGAAAUUAGCAAAAGCUAAAGCUGAAAAGUCAAGCAAUAAUUGGAAGAAACACGAACAAGAAUACGAGACUUUGCAGUUAGAAAUCGAAACCUUAUCUAAAGAUAUUACUAAUUCCAAAACUAUUAAAGUGGCAUUGGAAGAACAAAUUGAUAAUAAGCAAAUUUACUUAAACGAAAUGUCCACCAAAUAUAAUUCAGCUGCAGAAAAAGUUGCAAAUUUAAGGAAGCGAAUAAAAGAGCAAAAAGACAGGAUUUCGUCACAAAAUAAAGAACUAAAAAAUUUAUUCACCAAGAGUGAAAAGCUUAAAACCUACAAUGAGGACAUACUCCUUGAAAUAAAAAAGAAAGAAAAUGAAGUCAAUAAAGUACGUUCUGAGAAUAAAGAAUCAAUAAGAAAGAUGGAGAAUCUUGAAAAUAAAUAUCCUUGGAUUAACGAAGAAAAAGAAUUUUUCGGUAUUAAGAAUACACGUUAUGACUACACAAAGGAGAAUCCUGUGGAUGCCGGAGAAAAAUUAAACACUAUGAUACAACAAAAAGAAAAAAUGGAGCGUAACAUAAAUCUUAAGGCCAUGGUUUUGUUGGAACGUGAGGAGGAACAGUAUCAUGAAACGAUGAGACGAAAGAAAAUUGUAGAGCAAGAUAAAGAAAAAAUUGAACAUAUAAUAUGUAAAAUGGAUGAAAAAAAACGUGAAAAGGUUGAAAAGGCCUGGAAAGUGGUAGAUGAUAACUUCAGUAGUAUAUUUAGUUCAUUGUUGCAAGGCGCUCAGGCACGUUUAAAUCCUGUAAAGCAGAAUAAUCAGUUAAUUGGACUUGAAAUUAAAGUCGGAUUUAAUGGAGUUUGGAAAGAAUCUUUAGGAGAAUUAUCUGGUGGACAACGUUCUCUCGUUGCACUUUCAUUAGUAUUAGCCAUGUUAAAAUUCUCACCAGCACCUUUAUAUAUACUUGAUGAGGUUGAUGCUGCUCUAGAUAUGUCUCAUACUCAGAAUAUUGGCAAUAUGCUUAAAGCGCAUUUUACAUCAUCACAAUUUAUAAUAGUUUCACUUAAGGAUGGUAUGUUCAACAAUGCUAAUGUUUUAUUUCGUACUAAAUUUGAAGAAGGAGUUUCAGCUGUUACCCGCACUGUAAAUCCUAAAGUAUCGAAUCACAAAUAAAAUUUAAAUUUUCACUAGUA